AUUGGACCAGUUAGAGGAGCACACGACGGCAAUGGUUUAUGUUGUAGAUCUUGAUUUUGCGCUGCAUGAUGUAGAUGGAUGAGAGUCUUAAAAUGCAGAUGCUGGCACUGGCGAAUCCAGGAAGAAAAUGAAGGCUGUCGCACAAGUUGUUAUUUAUUUGGGCAGGCUUGAGCCCAUCCAAGCCCGACCCUCAGAUUCAGGUUAACCUUGAGGAUUUUUAAGAAUACAAGGGUUUGUGAAGAUUUCCAUGCCGGGUCCAGUUAUAGCACCGUCAUGGGCUCAGGUUGCAAGAGUGCAUCGCCUCGAUGCCAAGUUUUCUCACCAUGAUGUGCGUCGCCAACCUCGCCGAAUCAUCCUUCUACCAUCAGGAACAACUGAAGCCAAGGCACGAACCACCAGCGGAUCCGACGACCUCAAAGCACACCACUUACAUCUGCGGCCACCACGAGGCCCACCGCCACCAGAUCGGAGUCGGACACCCCAAGGCAUGUUCAGACUCCAGAGACGAAGUCAAGCUAAAGUUGUUAAUUGUUAAGUGCCCAAUGAUUGCUGGUUCAGAUAAGAAGCAUUGGGAGGAUAAGCAUUAUACAUACUGCAGGCUUGGGGCGGGCUAUGCAAAUAUCCUGGUCAUGUUUUUCUCCUCGCAUGAGCUUUUAUGCCACCGCCAUUCCGGUCUGCUCGGUGAAAGCAUGGUGUCGUUAGUUUUCAGCUAAAUUACACAAUGAAAUGGAAUCAGAUGUUGAUAGAUGUCUUGUACCGAUGCAACAGUUAUACUGCUAUAUGUUCUACCUACAGAAGUCAAAUUUGACAGAGUUAAUCCUUAGAAACCCCAUCUUAUUAUCAUGGGCACAUAUUAAUUGAACGAUGGUGUUCAAACAAUAAAAAAACUAAUAACUAUUUCUUGACCAGGUGGUAUACACAAUGUCCAGAUAUUUUGCCUUGCCAUCACAUUGUACAUUUCCGUACACUUGUGUACAUAAUCAAGCUAAAGUCAUAUGGAACAAAGUGGAGUGAGUGUGCCAAGGAGUGGCCAAGCUGAACAGAGGGUGUAGCAGGAUGCAACAAGCACUCUAGGUGCUCUUCCAGCUGAGAUGCUGCCGCUCAUUUGGAAGCUUUCGCAGAAAAGGAACAUUUCGGGCAAUGAGGAGCUGCAAAAUGGGAGAUGGAUGAUUGGGUUGCUUCGCAUGUACACGGAAGACGAGAUCCAUCAGAUCCUGGGGCUAUGGGAGUAGCUUCAAUAUGCAAGACUCUGAGGACGCCUUCUCCUGGAAGCUGACAAGCAAUGGAGUUUACUCUGACAAGGCCGCUUACGACGCCCAGUUCAUUGGCUGAAUUAAGCAAUCGGAACUGAGCUGGGCGUGGAGGAAAAGAGUGGAAGGAAAGAUCAAGUUUUUCAUUUGGCUUCUGCUCCAAAACAUAAACUGUACCACGGAUAGGCUCCUGCUUCGCUGCUCCUUCUCUAAGCAGACUUGACAAUUAUUCUCUGGAACAAACCCUGAGUGACGCUGGGCACUCCUUUCUUUCUCUGUUUUCUUCUUCCUUUCUUUUAUUUUCUUUGCUCCGCUCCCUCCCGGAGCGUCUGUAAGCUGCUUGCAGCUAGUGUGCAGUUUUCCCCCAUAUGAAAUGCAAUGGCAGAGCUCCUGCUGA